AACUGCGAACCCCAUUAGAUCCUAAAUAUGAAAAUGGCUAUCGGUUUCGGGUGUUGUUCCCAGUUCCCUCCCAAUUAAUAAAAAUGAAAUUAAAAUGCCCUAACUAAAGUGAUUUGGGCAUAUGGUUGCUGUUUGAAUGUGAAUGUGAAUGCGAUUAGAAUGCGAAAGGGCAUAGAGCAGAGAAUCGCGUCCCUUCUUAAGGACACCAAAACCCAGAAGCAGUUGCUUCAAGUUCACGCCUUUUACAUCAAAACAUGUUCCUCUCAUAAUCGCUUCCUCCAAGCCAAGCUCUUAGGCACACUUGUUUCGCUUCCUACUCCCAUUGAUUUGCACUACGCUCGCGCUUUGUUCGAUUCUUUUCCCCUUCGCGACACCUUCAUCUGGAACACCAUGAUCCGCGCUUACCUCUAUGCUCAAAACCCUCAACAUUCUGUUACCCUUUACUUCCAAAUGCUCCUUCAUCAUGAUGAACAUGUUUCCGUUGAUAGCUUCAGCCUCUCCUUGGUUUUUCAGGCAUGUGGGAGGUUGUUGGAUUGGGAAAAUGGCACAAAGAUACAUACCCAUGUGCUCAAGCUUGGCUUUGCUCCUGAUUUGUUUGUCCAAACUGCGCUAAUUGAAAUGUAUGCAAAAUGUGGUCAUUUGGAUUAUGCUUGCAAGGUUUUGGAUUCCAUGGAAGAGCCAGACUUGGUUUCCUAUAAUGUGCUGUUGGUUGAGUAUGUUAGAAUUGGGGAAAUUAAGAUGGCACACCAACUGUUCAACAGAAUGCCUCAGAGGGACUUGGUUUCUUGGAACACAAUGAUCCAUGGUUAUGCCUCGCUAGGCGAUGUUGGGACGGCACACAAGUUGUCUCAUACUGAUGUUGAACAUAGACAGCAAUCUAAUGAGGCAUUGAAACUAUUUCAUGAAAUGCAAGUAGCUAAUGUGGUGCCUGAUAGGGUCACCAUGCUCAGUGUCUUAUCCGCGUGUGCGAGCUUGGGUGCCCUUGGAAUGGGGAAGAUGGUUCAUGAGUACAUUGAAAGGAAUGGAAUUGGAAUUGACAUGAAGCUGGGAACUAGUCUUUUGGACAUGUAUGCCAAGUGUGGGGACAUAGAUAAUGCACUGAGGAUGUUUGAGCUCUUGGACCAUAAGGAUGUUUUUACAUGGAGUGUCAUGAUAAUGGGACUUGCAAAUCAUGGAUUUGGGGAGCAGGCUCUAGCAUGUUUUUCCAAGAUGAUAACUGAAGGAAUCAAACCAAAUGAUGUUACUUUUAUAGGUUUAUUAAGUGCAUGCAGCCAUAGUGGAUUGGUUGACAAGGGAUGGGUAUGCUUCAAAUCAAUGAGUUGUCUUUACGGAUUUUCUCCAAAGAUUGAGCACUAUGGAUGCAUGGUCGACAUUUUAGGGCGGGCAGGGCUCCUUGAAGAGGCUAGGGAACUUAUCAGGACUAUGCCAUUUGCACCAGAUGCCAAAGUGUGGAGGGCCUUUCUUGGAGCUUGUAAAAUUCAUAAAAAUGUUGACCUGGCGCAAGAAGCCACGUUAAAUCUUCUUGAAUUGGAGCCUCAUGUAGAUGGAAAUUAUCUUCUCCUGUCAAACAUAUAUUCCCAAGCAAAGAAAUGGGACAGGGUUGUGAUGUUGAGGAGGAGUAUGAAAUGUUCAAAUAUUCAGAGAGUCCCAGGAAGUAGCUCAGUUGAAGUUGAUAAUACAGUUUAUGAAUUUGUUUCUGGAGACAAAUCUCAUCCGAAAUCCUUGGAGAUAUAUGAAAUGUUGGAAGAAGUACUUGAUAGAAUUCAAUGUGCUGGAUAUGAGCCAUUAACAACUUCAACCGUACAAGAUGUUAAUGAACAAGAGAAACAGAAUGCAUUAGCUACUCAUAGUGAGAAGUUAGCAAUUGCUUAUGGACUACUCACCACUCCUCCUGGGAGUCCCAUCCGGAUCUUCAAGAACCUGCGAGUUUGUGAGGAUUGCCAUUUGAGUAUUAAAUUUAUUUCCAAGGUGUACCAAAGGAAAAUAAUUGUAAGAGAUAGAAAUCGUUUCCAUCAUUUUUAUGGAGGUUCAUGCUCUUGUAGGGACUAUUGGUAGAAACACCGUACCGCUCUGCUAUUCAAAUUUCUAUAGUAAGAAAGUAUUCAUAUUAUAGAGUAUAUAUACAUUGAAAAGUAAUGAAAUUAAGGGUGCGAGAAGUAUAUCUAACAUACAUAGCAAUGUCCAUAUUUUUUAAAUU